ACACUAUUGAAAAAUAGAGAGCUAGAAGCCUCUAAGGGAACCAGCUAAAUGUGUGUCAGGGGCAACCAUAAAGUGGGUAACCCUCACAUAUGUGUGUACAAAGAGAAAAGGAGACCCGGUGGGUCAAGGAAAUAGGAAGUUCCUUAAUUAAACUCUGUAAAUAUAAAACAUAGCUUUUAAUGAUUUCUAUAAUAAAAUACUCAUGCUAAUAGAAAAAAGACAAGGAAAACAGAACAAAAUAAAAAAAAUGGGUUGGAUAGGUUAAGGAAAAAAAUCAAUUGUAUCUCUUGAGUGGGAUAUAUAUAUAUGGUGGAGUGAUACAAUGUAUCCAAUGCCUCUGUUAGCAUAAUUGGCCUCAGAAGAAGGCACGUUCAGUAGCGCCGAAACACGUGUCAGGCAACAGGCAGUUAGGUUAGAUAGGUGUCGGUGCUCCAGCCGUUUCAGCUUAUGACAGCUAGUUAGAUAGAAGUCUAUGUUUCAGCCGUUCAAACUUUGCUACCUUACUGAGGGUUGUGGGUGAUCAGGGGUAUUUAUCACUUGUUUUGGGCAUUUGUUACCUCUGAUCUAUUAGAGGGGGAAACCUCAUCUCGUAUUCCCCACUGCGUGCCCAAGUAGGGCAGUCGCACUUUCUAGUGCCCCCUUGACCUGGUGCUUCAUAAUGAAGUAUAUAGGGUCUUAUGGGCAUUGCAGCCUAUGCUAAUAGAGGCAUUGGAUACAUUGUAUCACUCCACCAUUAACUGUAUACUAGCUGAGUAGUACUGUUUAUCUACUAAGUAGCAGACCUUGCUUUUUUGAUUGUGUAUCAGCUUCCCUCCUUGAUGUGUAGCGUUAUUUGGUAACCUCAGCCUUAUAGGGCUCUCUAAGUGAUGAUUAGAGGCUCCUUGUGAGGGUUAUUACAGGGAGUGCAGAAUUAUUAGGCAAAUGAGUAUUUUGAUCACAUCAUCCUCUUUAUGCAUGUUGUCUUACUCCAAGCUGUAUAGGCUCGAAAGCCUACUACCAAUUAAGCAUAUUAGGUGAUGUGCAUCUCUGUAAUGAGAAGGGGUGUGGUCUAAUGACAUCAACACCCUAUAUCAGGUGUGCAUAAUUAUUAGGCAACUUCCUUUCCUUUGGCAAAAUGGGUCAAAAGAAGGACUUGACAGGCUCAGAAAAGUCAAAAAUAGUGAGAUAUCUUGCAGAGGGAUGCAGCACUCUUAAAAUUGCAAAGCUUCUGAAGCGUGAUCAUCGAACAAUCAAGCGUUUCAUUCAAAAUAGUCAACAGGGUCGCAAGAAGCAUGUGGAAAAACCAAGGCGCAAAAUAACUGCCCAUGAACUGAGAAAAGUCAAGCGUGCAGCUGCCACGAUGCCACUUGCCACCAGUUUGGCCAUAUUUCAGAGCUGCAACAUCACUGGAGUGCCCAAAAGCACAAGGUGUGCAAUACUCAGAGACAUGGCCAAGGUAAGAAAGGCUGAAAGACGACCACCACUGAACAAGACACACAAGCUGAAACGUCAAGACUGGGCCAAGAAAUAUCUCAAGACUGAUUUUUCUAAGGUUUUAUGGACUGAUGAAAUGAGAGUGAGUCUUGAUGGGCCAGAUGGAUGGGCCCGUGGCUGGAUUGGUAAAGGGCAGAGAGCUCCAGUCCGACUCAGAUGCCAGCAAGGUGGAGGUGGAGUACUGGUUUGGGCUGGUAUCAUCAAAGAUGAGCUUGUGGGGCCUUUUCGGGUUGAGGAUGAGUCAAGCUCAACUCCCAGUCCUACUGCCAGUUCCUGGAAGACACCUUCUUCAAGCAGUGGUACAGGAAGAAGUCUGCAUCCUUCAAGAAAAACAUGAUUUUCAUGCAGGACAAUGCUCCAUCACACGCGUCCAAGUACUCCACAGCGUGGCUGGCAAGAAAGGGUAUAAAGAAGAAAAUCUAAUGACAUGGCCUCCUUGUUCACCUGAUCUGAACCCCAUUGAGAACCUGUGGUCCAUCAUCAAAUGUGAGAUUUACAAGGAGGGAAAACAGUACACCUCUCUGAACAGUGUCUGGGAGGCUGUGGUUGCUGCUGCACGCAAUGUUGAUGGUGAACAGAUCAAAACACUGACAGAAUCCAUGGAUGGCAGGCUUUUGAGUGUCCUUGCAAAGAAAGGUGGCUAUAUUGGUCACUGAUUUGUUUUUGUUUUGUUUUUGAAUGUCAGAAAUGUAUAUUUGUGAAUGUUGAGAUGUUAUAUUGGUUUCACUGGUAAUAAUAAAUAAUUGAAAUGGGUAUAUAUUUGUUUUUUGUUAAGUUGCCUAAUAAUUAUGCACAGUAAUAGUCACCUGCACACACAGAUAUCCCCCUAACAUAGCUAAAACUAAAAACAAACUAAAACUACUUCCAAAAAUAUUCAGCUUUGAUAUUAAUGAGUUUUUUGGGUUCAUUGAGAACAUGGUUGUUGUUCAAUAAUAAAAUUAAUCCUCAAAAAUACAACUUGCAUAAUAAUUCUGCACUCCCUGUAGUUAUCCACAACUAUAGAUGGGAGCCCCACAAUAGAUUGCUACGACUGUGAUUAUUUAAAGCUACGGUACGAGUACUGUAUUGGGACCCCCUUCUCUUCUAAGAUACUAUUGGAUCUAUUUAAGAGAUUAUAUUAUUGGGGUAUAUAUCCCACUCAGGAGAUACAAUUGAUUUUUACCUUAACCUAUCCAACCCAUUUUUAAAUGUUGUUCUGUUUUCCUUGUCUUUUUUCUAUUAGCAUGAGUAUUUUAUUAUAGAAAUCAUUAAAAGCUGUGUUUUAUAUAUACAGAGUUUAAUUAAGGGACUUCCUAUUUCCUUGACCCACCGGGUCUCCUUUUCUCAAGGUCUCACACUAGUUGUAGAUUAUUUCAAUAUGGCUGUUUUGGCCUUUUACAUUUUGCAUUUUCACUGUCACGUCUUUACAACUCUCUAUAACAAACUGAUUUACAAAUGAACCUCUAAAAUAUGAUUUCAGUAAGCAAAAUAUAUAUUUUAUUUUUACUUGGGUGGGAAGGAGCAAUCCUGCUACAGACAAGCCAAAUUGGCUGUAAUUAUCAACAAGACCAAUGCUUUUAAACUGUUUAAAUAAAGACCACAGAAAGCCCUGCAGGAUAAAUAUAUACUAUAUACAGUAGGGUCUGGAAAUAUUUGGACACUGACACAAUUUUCAUAAUUUUGGCUCUGUAUGCCAACACACUGGAUUUGAAAAGAAACCACAAAGAUGCAAUUGAAGUGCAGACUUUCAGCUUGAAGUUUUGAAGUCUGGAAUGCAUGGACAUCACCAAACAAUGGGUUUCCUCCUUUGUGAUGGUGUACCAGGCCUUUACUGCAGCUGUCUUCAGUUGUUUGUUUGUGGGUCAUUCUGCCUUAUGUUUUGUCUUCAUCAUAUAAAAUGCAUGCCUGAUAGGGUUGAGAUAAGGGAUUGACUCAGCUAUUCCAGAAUAUCCUAUUUCUUUUCCUUAAAAAAAACUUCUGGGUUGCUUUCGCAGUAUGUUUUUGGUCCUUGUCUAUCUGUGAAGUGAAGCGCCAUGCAAUCAACUUCACUGAAUUUGGCUGAAUCUGAGCAGACAAUAUAUCCCUAGAAACUUCAAAUGUCAUCUGGCUGCUCCUGUCUUCUGUCAUAUCAUCAAUAAACACUAGUGACCCAGUGCCACUGGAAGCCAUGCAUACCCAUGCCAUCACACUGCCCCCACUAUGUUUUACAGGUGAUGUGGUAUGCUUCGGAUCUUGAGUUGUACCAUGCCUUCUUCAUACUUUUUAUUCCCAUCAUUCUGGUACAUGUUAAUCUUAGUUCCAGCUGUCCAAAGAAUGCUGUUCCAGAACUAGGCUGGCUUUUUAAGAAUUGUUUUUGGGAAGUCUAAUCUGGCCUUUCUAUUCUUAACACAUAUGAAUGGUUUGCACCUUGUGGUAAAUCCUCUGUAUUUGCUCUUGAAAUCCUCUCUCUAUGGUAGACUUGGAUAAUGAUAUGCCUACCACCUGGAGAGCAUUCUUCACUUGGCUGCAUGUUGUGAAUGGGUUUUUCUUUACCAUGGAAAAGAUCCUACAACCAUCCAACACUGUUGUUUUUCGUGAAUGUCAAGGUCUUUUAGUGUUGCAGAGCUCAUCAGUGUGUUCUUUUUUUCUCUCAAAAUGUACCAGACUGUUGAUUUGCCACUCCUAAUAUUGACAUCUCUCUAAUUGGUUUUAUUUAUUUGCAGCCUACGGUUGGCCUGUUUCGCGUGCAUUGAGAGUAUUGGGUUCACAGCAAUAGCUUCCAAAUGCACCUGUCUAUGAAACAGUGUUUGAGUCAAUUGUCCAAUUAUUUCUGGUCCCAUGAAAAAGAGGGUGCUACAUAUUAAAGUGAUGUAAUUCCUGAACCCCUCCUCCAAUUUGGAUGUGAAUAUCCUCAAUUUAAAGCUGAAAGACUGCACCCAUAUUCAUUAUUUAACUGUAACUAGUCAAAAUAACAAAACUUGUGUUAGUGUCCAAAUAUUUCCAGACCUAAGAGUAUACCUUCUGGAAAUCAUUACAUCAAAAUUGUAAUCUGUGAUAUUUAAAUAACUCUAUGUAUUUUAUGUUUUUCAGUCCACGGAGGCCAAAAAACACUGCUGGUACUUUGAAGGAUUGUACCCUACAUAUUACAUGUAAGUAAACUAUUUUAUUUUAGGGAUGUGUAUGGGCAAAAUAUUUGGUUCGGUUCAGCACUUCCGAAAUUCGGGAAUUUGGCACUUCGGUUCGGUUCAGCACUUCCGAAAUUCUGGACUUUGCCAAUUCGGGAAUUCCCUAACUCUACCCCUUACCCCUAAACUUACCCCUAACCCAAUCGUUUUUAAAUGAUUUUCCUUAGUAUUUUAGUGAAUGCUUAUUAUCUGCAACCAAAAAAAACUUGUUUCUAGCUAUAGAGUGUAACAAAGAAUAUUGGUGCUCUCCUUUUAACUGUUAAAGGGAACCUAUAAUUGGGAGCUUUGAUAUCUGGGAUUCCCUGGUGUGAGCAGGGAUUUAAUCCUGCACACAACAAAACAUUAGGACAUGUCAAUUUGUCUUAAUGGCAUAAAAGCCCAGUUUAGUUAGGAUAUAAUGACACAUCCUAAGGUUGUGAAGUAAUUAAUUAGAAUAUAAUUUUAGUGCCUCUGUGUGUCCAAUGCUGUACAGCUUCUCUGAACCAUAUGCUGUACAACAGGGCGGACAAUAGAAUUACAACAUACAUCAUACUUUGAGAGUCUUAAGGAUUGAAAAGUAUCUUGCAAAUUUGAAUUUACAACACCAGGGAAUCAACCUGUGACUACAAUUUCACUGAAUAAUCACUUGAAUCAAUUUGCUUCUGAAGACAGAAAAUUCCACAGGCCAAAGUAGCAAAGCUUGAAAAAGGUUGUAAUCCUGCUGGACUGGAGAUUUUUAUUCUUACUUGACUAUUUUGGACUGAAUUUUGUAAGUCGUUUACUAUCUUACCAAAACUCAAGUAGCUUGCCCCUAGGUGGGUCACCACUCAGGUCCCAUACAAGUUUUAGCUUACUUGUGCUAUACUUAUAAAUACUCCAAAUUAAACAAAAAACAGAAUACAGAAUGAACCUUAACCAGUCAUUUAUCAGACUUAUCUCACCCACAAGGGGUCAUUUUUCCCCUUGCAUCUCAGAGAUACAGCAUCUUCAGAUGAUUAUUUUGGCCUUCAUUGGACCUUACACUGUAAUUUGAAGGUCAUUACACAAAUACAUUUGCUUCUCUCAAUAUACUUUACAUUUAAAAAUGAAGGGUACAAUACAGAGAAUGGAGGCUCUUGCUCACAAAUCAGUUUUCUACUAACAAGACAUUCAGAUAUAGAAAAAAGUUAAAUCUGGCCAGAGCCAAAUUAUGUUAAGUAUAAAAUAUGGCACCAAACAUGGUGCCCUAGCAUACAUGGAUUUAAAUGGCAAAUGCUAAAUAAUGAUCCAAGCACUUGUUGCCUCAUCCAAAUUUGUCUUGUUUCAUGAUAAUUGGUCAUCCCUCUAUAGCAGCGGUUCCCAAACGGUGUGCCGCAGAGCCCUGGGGCGCCGCGACAGCACACAGGAGUGCCGCAAGUUAUUUUCCCGGUGCUAUGAUGAUAGCACCGGGAACUAUGCUCCCUCCUGCCGGAUCUGCCGGCUCUGCAGGACCACACACACAUUGCACCCCCCCACACACACACACUGUACCCCUCACACAACCUGCCCCCUCACACACACUGUACCCCUUACACACAUUGCACCUCCCCACGCACACACUGUACCCCUAACACAACCUACCCCCCCACAACACACACUGAACCCCUCAUGCACAUACACAAACUACAUCCUUUACAAACACAAUGCACCCCUGUACACACACUGCAUCCCUCACACGUACACUGCACUCCUGUACACACACACGCACACUGCACCCCUUUACACACACGCACACUGCACCCCUCACACACACCUUGGGAGAGCAACGUAAUGUAGUGGUUAUUGUGCCUGCAUUGUUUCUUUAAAUAAUCUACUAGUGCCACUCCCAAGAUUAUGGGCCUAGGAUAUGCCGCAGCGCUGUACAUAUAUACAACCUAGAAUAUUGUUUUGACCUGGGGUGCCUUGGAAAAAUAUUGCAAUAGUAAGGGUGCCUUGAACCUAAAAAGUUUGGGAACCUCUGCUCUAUAUGAAAAACUUCAAUUGGACUGAGCCAAAUGAUAGAAGUGAUCAUAAAAUAUUGCACCAAACCUCAAAAUUUCAUGUAUUUCAAUAGGAAAUUCAGACUGAAGAGCCAAGCAUUUCCUCUAUGAAAACCAUCUUGCUUGAAUUUGACUUGUUUUUACUUAUUGAGCAUCUUUCUACAGAAAAAAGUUAAAUCUCACCUGAGCGAAAUGAAAUUGAUCAUAAACUAUGUCAAUAGAUCUAGCAACCUAACAUCCAUGUUUUUUUAGUUGUAAAUUCUGAAUAAGGUACCAAACAUAUUCUCUAUGAAAACCAUCUUGGUUUGCUCAGAUUUGGCUUGUUUUAUAUUAAUUGGACAACCCUCUAUAGGAAAAAAAUAAAUACAUUUGGCAUGAACUAAAUGUUAGUGAUCAUAAAAUAUGGCACCAGACCUCACAUUCGUGCAGAUAGAAUCCAUGCAUUUCAAAAAGAAAUUCUGAAUAAAGAAGCUUUUCUUCUAACAAAAGUAUCUUGGCUCACCCAGUAUUUGCUUGUUUUCUAGUAAUUUUGGAUCCCUUUAGAAAGGGUUCAGUCUAGCUUGAACAAACAAAUACAAAUAAAGAGUAAGGUGGCGCGGUGCAAUAUACAGUGCAAGUAUUACACUGGAAUCCUAAUAAGAGUCAAGAAGAUCUAGGAAGAGAAACACAAGGAACAAACCUAGUGCAAUAUUGUUGAAGUAAUGUUAACUAAAAUAACUAUCUGCAAGACUAGACUAGAAAUCACAAAAUGAGAGUGGAUAGAGUGCCACUCAACACUAUACAGCACGUGGUGUAUCAGCCUCUCGUGUCUGUGGGAUCCAGUUUUCCAAUCAGUAAGGACUCACCCACAGCCAAAGUCUUCACUUUAAAUCCUUAUUGGAACAAUAAGAACCUUUAAAAUUCACUCCUGAAUAUGCAUCCAGGUCUCUGGGACAGUUGGAGGUGCAGACAGGUCUUCAUUCAGCCUCCUAUAUUCCUCUAUUGUCUCACUAUGAGUAUCACUCUCCUCAAUGCAAGGAGCUCCUACUUCCUGGGCCAGCAAUGAUGGUGCUCUGCAUUGUGACAUAAUGACAUUCGAAUUGAUGAUGUUUCGUUCCACCUCUCUGAGCUUGCUCAAGCGUGGUUCAAGUCCAGACAACCUUUUGAGUUUUAUAUAGCAGCAAUGUAUGUCAAUCUGCCGCAAUGAGAGUUAAUAGUCCCAUACAAAUCAAUAUAAUGUAAUACUAAAGAUAUAUGAACUUAAAAUUAUAUAUAAUAACAUUUGCCAAACAAUUUCAAAACAAUUAUGUAUAUAAACCAUCUAAGGGAAAAGAGAUUAUACAAAGGUAUCAUAACCAUUUAAUUGAUAAAGAAAAAUAUACCAGACAUUUCUAUUAUUCACGUAAAGAUACAAUAGGAAAUUCCAAUAAAAUAAGGUAAACAAUCAACCAAGCUAAAUAUCAUAAAGCAAAAAAGGAGUAAAAAAAUUUAAUAUAUUUCUCCUAAAAUGAUAGUAGACAGCUUUUUGUCACAAGCUCCAUAGUUAUGUUAUGCACAUCAAAAAUAAACAAUACAUUUUUUUUUAAUAAGGUAACGAAUAAACCAGGCUAAAAAAGGAAACUAGAAAACUAUAUCAAAAAGUAUAGGGAAUUGGAAAAGUAUAAGCCAAUACACCGCCCUACCUAUCCAAAAAGGCACCAAAUAAGUAUGCGGCUAUUAUGAUGCUAAACCAAUAUUAUGCCCAAUUAAAAGUUAAGGGUAAUGUGUAGAGGCUAGAGAAGAUAACAAAAGUUCCCCAGAAAAUGAUCCCCUAUACAUCCAAGUGCAAUUGAUCCAAUAGCUAAUGUCCGGAUGCAGUUAGCUAGAGGGUCCCUCAUACAGCCCCAGUUCAGCUUGUCUAAAUACUGGGCGAGUAUACUGCUUUUGCAAUGCUUAGUAUAGUGCUAGUGUCCGGGUACAAUAAGAGGUUAGGGUAUAGAGGCUAGGAGUAAGGAGUGAUUCCCCCCAAAAAAAUAAACCCAUUUGUCGCUCCAAGUCUCUAAACAUAGAAACUAUCCCUAUGGUACCUCGGCACUGUGAGUAAAUCACUGGUGCCUACCUGAACCUCUCUCCCUUCCUGUACUAAAGGUAAAAUAAAAUUAGCUUAACAACAUUUGUGCAUAAGUGCUACCUAGUGCUAAAAAGUGUAGAAAACAACAAACAAAACUAUCUAGCUCAUAGUUUUGUUUGUUGUUUUCUCCACUUUUUAGCAGUAGGUAGUCACAAAGUAACAAUGUGUGUUGAAUAUUAACAUAGGUGUAGGCAACCUUUGGCACUCCAGAUGUUUUGGACUACAUCUCCAAUAAUGUUUUUACAUCCAUAAUGCUGGCAAAGCAUCAAGGGAAAUGUAGUCCAAACCAUCUGGAGUGCCGAAGGUUGCCUACCCGACUUUACUCUACAAACUAGAAUCUAAGGGCAAAAAAAGCUAAAUUGCUGUACAGAUGUUUCUUCAGACUUUGUACAGUUUAAAGAAGCUUAAAGUAGUGUGUGGAGAGAGACAAGGAUAGGAAGUCACAGCAUAUCCCUCCCUGCCUCUCUCUACUCACUGAUCUGCUGGGGAGCAGCUCUGCACAGAGAGUCCAGCCAGCAGCUCAGGUAAGUGAGGAAUGGGGGAAGCAGUGAGGGAUGGGACAUUCUGUAACAAGCAACACAGGGGGCACACAGAGACACAUGGACACUGGGGGAGACAAAGAGACAUAGGGACACAAGGGGAUCCUGGGGGACAUGGGGACACAGGAGGAUCCCGGGAGACAUGGGGACACAGGGGAAUCAUGGGGGACACAUAGACAUGGGGACACUGGGGAAUCCUGGGAACAUGGGGACACUGGAGGUUCCUGAGAGACAUGGGGACACAGAGACAUGGGGACAAGAGGGGACACAGAGACAUGAGACUAGGGGACACUGGAAGACAUGGGGACGCUAGGGGGCACUGAGACACUAGGAGAGACAUGGGGACACUAGGAGAGACAUGGGAACACUGAGACAUGGGGACAUGAGGGGACACAGAGACAUGGAGACAUUGAAACACUAAGGGACACUGUAAGACAUGGGGACGCUAGAGGGGAACUGUGACACUAGGGGAGACAUGGGGACACUGGGGGAUCCUGGGAGACACAGAGACAUUAUUAUUAUUAUGAUAUUUAUAUAGCACCAUCAAAUUCCGCAGCGCUUUACAAUGGGUGGACGAACAGACAUGUAGGUAUAACCAGACAAGUUGGACACACAGGAACAGAGGGGUUGAGGGCCCUGCUCAAUGAGCUUACAUGCUAGAAGGAUUGGGGUAAAAUUACACAAAAAGGUCAGGAUAGUAUUAGACUAGUGACAGUUGCAGAUGAGGAAUCAGUCUGGGGGACACUGGGGGAUCCUGGGAGACACAGAGACAUUGUAACACUGGGAGACAUGGGGAUGCUGAGACACUAGGAGACAUGGGGACAUUAAGAGACAUGGGGACACUAGGGGCCAUGGGUACACCAGGGGACAUUGAGACACUAGGGGAGACAUGGGCACACACACAUAGGGACACUGGGGGAUACUGGAAGACAUGGGGACACUGGGGGAAACAGACACAUCGGUACACUGGGAGACAUGGGGACACUGGGAGACAUGGAGACACUGCGAUGUGAGACAGGGAAACAGUGGGAGCUAUCACUCUAUACAGCAGAAUCAAACUGCAAGAAGUUUUUUGGUGAUUUAAUAAUAAUUAAUUAUGAAAAUAAGUAUGGCCAAUAUUUUUUUCCAAGAAAGGUUGCAACCCUAGUCCCCAUGUGUCUCCCAGUGUCCCCUUGUGUCUCAGCGACCCCAUGUGUCUGUGUCCCCAUAUCUUCUUCAGCCUGUCCUCCCAAUUAUUCUCCACAUCCUUCACUUACCUGAGCUGCAGGUUGGACUCUCUGGGCAGAACUGCUCCCCCUCGGGUCAGUGGGAUAUGUUGUAACUUUCUAUUCUAUACUAUACUUCACUGCCUCUCUCCACACACAUACCUACUGGCCAGCGGCGGUAUUGCAGUCUAGUCCCAGUUUAUACUGAGAAAAAUAUCGGUAUUUGUAUUGCCGGUAUUAUUGCAAUACAGGCACCGGCCAGGUUGUCUCAUACUGCUGUUACCAGACCUACAACUUCAAAAUAAUGCAAGUAACAUAGACCAAACAUUUUUAGCAAAGUGUGGCAUCCAGUAUCAUUUGUUAGGAACUAAGGAAAAGGGGUGCUUAACAUCAAAACUUGAAAGCACCAAACAAAAAAUUUACACAAAAACAUGACCAGUGACGCAGGCGACUCUGGUGUAAACUUAGAGCCGAGUCAGUCACAAUUUUUAACAGUCAUAUAGAAAAUACGUGCUGAUCUCCACAUAAGAACACAUAAGAUUUAAAUGUUCAUUAAAUUAGAGCAUUUAUUUGUUCUCACAAAGAGAAAACCAAAAAAUAACCCAAUCAAUUAGCUGCUGUUAUAAAAGAGGAAUUCUCCAGCCGAGAUGGAGCAUUGAGAUGACUCACUGCUGCCCAAUAUGUCAAUUAAGUCUAUGUGCGGAGGAGGUGGGGGUUGCUAAUUUAGAUCAAUGACUGAGUUAUAAAAUCUCAGACUGAGUUUGCCGUGUGUGUUAAAAAAGUAUUAGAAAAAUCGAGCUGCCGUCUAAAGUAUAGAAGAAAGCCUGCUGGUAAUUUGUAAUACAAUUAGAGUCUUGUUCCCUGUGCCACUAUUGAAGUAAAAUGUCACACUUACAUGGUAGGAGGUAGGUCAAUUCUGAUGACUUUUUUAUAUUUCAAGGUGCCCUAGUUAUUCACAAUCGCAAAUUAAUUUUGUAGAGUAAAUAGUGAACCAAAAGGCCAUUGCUGAUUUUAAUUGUUUUUUCUUUUUAAUAUAAAUUUCUUUUUUUCAAUUAUUUUAUUUAAAAGGUCACAUAUGUGGGAUGCAAUAUAUAUAGGAUACGUAACAGUGAAUUGUGUAUUAUGAGUAAAUAAUGCUAUUGAUCGGUUCUGGAGAUAUAAUAAUUCAUGCAGCCGAAUGUUGAGUAAUUUUUUUUUUGAUGUCUCAAAUCACCCCCCAUUCCCACAGAGGCAUUACCGUAUUUUCUCCUUUAAACAUGCUGCACCAAUCAGUAUGCAAUAUUGUCAGUUGUGUGUGUGUAUGUAGGGGAUGUAGUGUCUGUGUCUGCUUGGCUGAGUCUGGUAAGAAUAUUAGCCCACAAUAACUUUUUUUUAUUUUUUUAUUCUUUAUUUGUAAGUUUUUACAUGAAGUCAGUUGAAAGUGGUAAGAGGGUACAGAAGAAGAAAAUUGGGAGGUGGGUAGGAGUAGGUCAGUACAAUGAAUUUUAACAAGGUUUAGUACCAACUGUGUACACUUUCGCAUUUGAUGUAGCUUUCACUUAUGUCGGUAUUGUGACCUUGUGAAGCGUUUACAUGAGUUUUCUACUGAACACUUGUUCCUUAUUGGUGUGCUUUGUCGAUCCUCGAGUCCUUGUGUGUCCUUUCUGUCUGUGUCCUGCUUUAUGGCUGUCCGGGACAGGGCAUGGGGUUGGGUAUAGGUUGUGGGUCUCGGGAGUUAGGGCAUGGGGGGUGGUAUCGCGACUCACGGGCGCUUUAUCCAUUAAUUUUUACAUUUAAAAAAAAAAACCAUUUGUGUUUGAGCAGUGGAGUAUCCUUUUAAAUCCUUUUAAAUCAAAUCCAGACCUGGGGAUUAUCAUGACAUUUAUGAAGCAUAGCAAAUGGAUGGGAAGAAAAGCAAACCUCAAUAGAUAAUGUUUAUUUUCCUUGCCUGUGGGUAUGGUACUUACUGCACUUUGAGGGACAUAGUGCGUGGAUACUUCCUCUGGCAAUUCAUGGCUAGUUAAACAAAAUGCUGUUUAUUUUACUUGUCAAUUCCUUGACAACACAUUGCAAGUAAACAAGAUGCUGAUAUGUCUUUGUCAUCCAUUAGUAAAUUGCUAAAUUGGAAAUGAUUAAACAUACAAACUGUCUAUUUUGAAACACCUUUGGAUUGUGUUUUAUAUUGGAGUCAUACAUAGUCUUUUCAUUAUCAAAAGAUUUACAUUAAAUGUUUAAAGCUAUUUAAACUCUAAAUAUAUAUGUAUGAAAUAUUAAAGGGACACUAUAGGCAUCAAAAAAACGUAAACUAAAUUAAGCAGUUGUGGUGUAUAGAUCAUGUCCCUGCAGUCACACUGCUUAUUUCAUUGCCAUUUAGUAGUUAAAUCACUUGGUUUAUGUACCCUAGUCACACCUCCCUGCAUGUGACUUGAACAGCGUUCCUUAACACUUCCUGUAAAUAAUCAUCGAAUGUUUACACUUUCUUUAUUGCAAAUAAAUGUCUAUUCUGUUUAAUUACAGAUUUCAUAUCUCCUGCUCUGUUAAUAGCUUGCUAGGCCUUGCAUGAACCUCCCGUAUGUAAUUAAAGUUCAAUUUACAGAGCACUAUUAACUUCCACUAUCAACGCCUUAGAGGGAACUUGCUUUAGUUACUUACAUAUUGCCGGGGAGCUCCUGACACCAUAACCAAUAGCCAAUUUAUGUCUGGAAGGACUAGAUAAGAGGGCAAACCAUUGUAAAAUGGUUAACCCCAAUUCCAGGGAACAGUGCUAGGGCACUCCUACCAUCGUAAACCACUACAGUUGACUAUAGUGUUUAUGAUGGUCUGAGUAGCCCUUUAAAUGGACACUAUAGCCACAAGAACAACUAUAGCUUAAUAUAGUUGUUUUGGUGAGUAGUCAGUCCCUGCAGGCUUUUUGCAGUAAACACUAUGUUUUUAGAGAAAAGGGACUAGGGAUUCCUCCAGUGGCCAUUCCUCAGAUGGCUACUAGAGACUGAAAUUCAGUGUGGAGACGCUGAACUUUCCUCAUAGAGAGGCAUUGAUUCAAUACAUCUGCCUUGAACGCUGCAGCCCCUCUCAAAACAUGCACCUCGAGGAGGACACGUCCCCAACCUUGGCAUAAUAAAUCAAUACGCUAUCUGCAGAGUUGCUCCCGUUGUGCUGAACGCUUCUGGAGGAAGUCCCGCACCCAGGCAGACUUUCUCCAUUAUAGAUUCAUGUUGCUUUCAUACAGCGCAGCCCUCGCCCUCGCCAAACAGUCAUACUUUUCCUCUCUCAUUAGUUCAUGCUCCCGCAAUCCCAGACGUCUCUUUGACACCUUUAAUUCCCUUCUCCGCCCUGCUGUGGCCACCCCCCAAACUAACCUUACAGCUGAUAGCUUUGCAUGCUACUUUACCGACAAGAUUGAACAGCUAAGGAAACAAUUCUCCCCUCCUUGCCGUUCUCUUUCUCAACCACAUGUAAAUCUUGCUUUCCCUACCCUCCAGACUUUCUACCCGGCUACUGAACAAGAGGUGGCUGCACUUCUCCAUUCCUCUCGCCCCACCACUUGCCCGCUCGAUCCUGUCCCAUCUCACCUCAUCAGAUCUCUCUCCCCUUGUCUUGUGCCUACCCUAACACACAUCUUUAACUGCUCUCUCUCUUCUGGCACUGUUCCUGCUGACCUUAAACAUGCCACUGUAAUACCUAUCCUGAAAAAAACAUCUCUUGACCCAUCCUCCCCUUCUAACUAUCGUCCCAUAUCCCUGCUCCCUUUCUCAUCAAAGCUUUUGGAAAGACUUGUCUUUACCCGUGUGUCUCGCUUCCUUAAUUCCAACUCUCUCCUUGACCCUCUUCAGUCUGGCUUCCGCCCUCUCCACUCUACUGAGACUGCUCUUAUCAAAGUGACUAAUGACCUAAUCUCCGCUAAAUCCAAAGGUCACUACUCUAUAUUAAUUCUCCUUGACCUCUCUGCUGCCUUUGACACCGUUGAUCAUGCUCUCCUCCUUCAAACUCUUCAAUCGCUCGGUCUCUGUGACUCUGUCCUCUCUUGGUUUUCCUCCUAUCUCUCCCAACGCUCAUUCAGUGUCUCCUUUUCCAAGGAUACCUCCUCCCCUCGUCCUGUCUCGGUUGGAGUUCCCCAAGGGUCUGUCCUUGGUCCCCUCCUAUUUUCUCUUUAUACUGCCUCUCUAGGUAAACUUAUUGCCUCUUUUGGAUUCCACUACCACCUGUAUGCUGAUGACACUCAGAUAUACCUCUCCUCCCCGGACCUCUCCCCUGCCGUCCUGCAACGUGUCACUGCUUGCCUUUCUUCCAUCUCUGACUGGAUGUCCUCACACUUUCUGAAACUUAACCUCUCUAAAACUGAACUCCUUGUCUUUCCUCCUCCUUAUACUGAUCCUCCUCUCUCGCUCUCCCUUCAACUCAGUGAUAUCCACAUAAGUCCAUCCCUGCAAGCGCGCUGUCUUGGCGUCAUACUUGACUCUGGUCUCACCUUUGAGCCUCACAUCCAGUUUGUUGCCAAGUCCUGUAGGUUCCAACUCAAAAACAUAGCCCGCAUUCGCCCCUUUCUUACGCAAGAUGCUACCAAGGAGCUUGUCCAUGCUCUAGUAAUUUCCCGCAUGGAUUACUGUAACCCUCUCCUGAUUGGUCUCCCCAAAAGCCGUAUUGCCCCGCUACAGUCUGUCAUGAAUGCUGCAGCUAGACUGAUCUUCCUCUCUAGUCGGUCCUCCCACACCUCACCCCUCUGCCAGUCCUUACAUUGGCUCCCUGUAUGCUAUAGGAGUCAAUUCAAAGUGCUAACCCACACAUUUAAAGCACUGAACAAUUCCAGCCCCACUUAUAUCUCUUCACUAAUCCAUAGAUAUGCCCCUCCUCGUACCCUCCGCUCUGCCCGUGACCACCUCCUGACCGCUGCUCGCACCCGUACGGCCAACUCGCGCUUGCAGGACCUCUCGCGGGUGGCUCCUCUCCUAUGGAAUAGCUUGCCUACUGCCAUCAGACUCUCCCCUAGUCUUCAAUUAUUUAAAAAGGGCCUUAAAACCCAUCUCUUCAGGAAAGCUUAUGGCCUCCCGGAGUAAUCUCUACCUUACAUACCUGUCUCCUGCUCUCUCCUAUGGGACAGUGCUUUGCUCUCUCCUCCAGCUCUGCUUCACUCCUACUUGAUAUUUCUUGUCCUAAUGUUUCAAAUACCCCACCUCCUAUAGUCUGUAAGCUCAUUUGAGCAGGGUCCUCUUCAACCUAUUGUUCCUGUAAGUUUUCUUGUAAUUGUCCUAUUUAUUGUUACAUCCCCCCUCUCAAAAUAUUGUAAAGCGCUACGGAAUCUGUUGGCGCUAUAUAAAUGAUAAUAAUAAUAAUAAUAAUAAUACAUUAACCAGGAUGGUGUUUGGCUCUGCCCCUGGCCCGCCUUCUUAACUGACAUCAUCGUAAUUAAAAAUCUCCGCCAAUCCAAUGCUUUCUUAUCCAUUGUGACUGGCUGAGAUGUCAGCCAAGGAGGCAGAUCAAGGGCAGAGCCAACACCAGCAGACUGGAAAAAAAGGCAAGAUUUUACUAUAUUUAGGGAGGGUGGCAGGAGAGCUAGAUAGUGUUUUUAACACUAUAGGGUCAGGAAUACAUUUUUGUGUUCCUUCAAUUCUUUUAUUUCAAAUCCAGUUGGCUGGAGUGUGUUAAAACUUACAAAUCAAAUUCUUCUGUUCGAUACACAUAUAUAACAUAUAUUUAUAUAUGUGUAAUGCAUUUAGAAAGAAUGAUAAUGUAGUGUAAUAUGUAGUCAUUACAAUAAUUGUCCCUUAUAUAAAUCUGCUUAUUUCUAUUUAUUUACCAUGUAAGCCUUUCUGCUUAAGAGGUAAUAAUAAACCAUAUUGCAUAAGCAGCACAGUUUAACCAGCUGCCCAGGAAUCAAAUGUUCUGCAUUAAUGAGUCUAAAUGCUUUUUCUUGCUUUGCUCCCUGGAGCUAUUUUCUGUUCCCGCUGCUGUUGAGAUAAGAGCGGUAAUCUGGACUAACUUGUUUAUUAGCUCUGAGAACUGUAGACCUUUUUCAUAAAGUAAGACAGAAAUGAAAAAUUUCUGUCUGAUUAAUGCCAAGCUUUUUAAUGGACAUAGAAUUUUUCUGUCCUGACAUUUCCUGGACUUUCAGACAAUAAAUAACCCAGAACUGUACUUGGCAACCUAAUGCAAUCAUAUAGGUACUUUUAUGGGCAUGUGAUUGCAGGCUGUGCCUUUUAUUAUUGUUGUAAACACAAAUUCUAUAUUUAAUAAGAAUUAGGCUUUAUCUAAAAAAAAAAAAAAUACAAACCCAGCAGAAAUAUCCAUUAAAGGUACACACACUAGUAUUCCUAACACAAUAGUAUCCGUCAGUCCCCCCACCCUCCCAAUGGCAAUCGAAGGGUUAAAAAAACCCUUUAAAUACCUGAUUCCAGAGCUGCCUCCAUUUCCACCUUCUCUGGCAUCAUUGUGAGGGGGAACCUAACGAAGAAAGCCACUAGAGACCGUUUUUACCCUACAAUGAAAACAUUGCAGUUUCUCUAGCAGCUCAAUGUUUUCAGCUCCAGGGUUAAAGGGACAGUGCAUCCAGACCACUUCAAUGACCACUUUUUUCUUUCCUUUCCUUAUGCCUCUUUUAUAUUAAUGAUUAUAUUCUCUCACUUGCCUUUAUUUUUAUUUAUGGUGUUGAAUCUUAAUACCUGAAUUCAGCACUUUUUAUCUCAUCUACAGUUUGCCGUUCUGUGUGAUUUAUAUUGGAUGGAUUGUGGGUAAAUUUGAUUGGUAACUGAGACACAACCUUUCUUUAAGUUCUCGCUUUUGACAGCUAUUGUCAACUUGAGUAGUCCCUACAUUUUCUUGAGUGCUCAGGAAACAAUAAAAAGAUUCAGACCCAGGAAGUAAUAUAGAGGCAAAUUAGAUUAAGUGUAUUUUUACUGACAGAUCCGCUUGAAAAAGAAUGAUUUGGACUUAGUGAUAUUAUUAGACCCUGUGUCAUUAUCUUUUUCUGACAGUAGGUCAAAUUAUGUCUCCUGACGAACUAUACUUCUGUUUUAAAGAUAGCUCACUGACACAUUCCUGUAAAAAAUACUAAAAUAAAUAUUGUAAAGCACCACAUUACACUCUUCUCACCAUCUCACCAGCUUUUUCCAUUGCUCUCCCACCACAGUACUCAAUAUAUUGUGGGCAGUUUCAUGAUGAACAUAAUGUGCCUGUUACAACCAAUUAAUACACAUGAAUAUAUGGGGAUUAAACUGUGUGAAAAUAACAUUUAGUUAGACAUUUAAUGAUUCCUAAACAAAUAUUACACAGAUAGUAGAAUACAUUUAUUUAAAGGAACAUUCCGAGUAUCAUAAGCACUAAAGUCUGCUGUAGUGGUUAUGGUGCCAAAUGUGCCCUCAUGCCCUCACAGGGGUGAGUAGUCAAGCCACCCUCUUCUGGAGCAGAAAGCUCCUGCUAAGAACCUCUGUUAGCUCCACUGAGUUGUGUUCUGCACUCUCAGCCAAUGAGCUAAGCCCUGCACUGCAAGGCUUAGUACAUUGCUGUAACUCUCAGCAGUAGAAGACAAGGUGAUUGGACACCAGAAGAACCUGAGUAAGUUGUAAAAUCAUUUAUAAAUGUUUGACUACUUAACCUGGAAGGGCACCAAUGCAUUCCUGGCACCAUAACCACUCCAGCAGGCUGUAGUGGUUAUGGUUCUUUGAGUCUUCCUUUUAUGAAACUGUAUGAAAUACAGUUACAUAACAUUAGAUACAGUUCCAUGAUAUUUAUUAUGCUUUAUGGAGCAAGACAUCAAGUUAUAUUACUUACAAUUCUUUAAUGGCCACAUCAAUUAAUAAUGUUCUAUGAGAAGCAUUGGUAUCGUAAGUGACGUGAACUUUGGUGCUGAGGAGGAACUGCAGAUCUUGCUUAGUGUUUCCUCAAUAAGGAUUUAGGGUAAGCAGCCGUUUCAGGCUUUGAUUUAAUUACAUGGUAGUUGGUUUAGCCGAGUCUAAUGUAUGUAAUAUUUUUUUGCUUUUUACUUUGGUGUUUUGAAAAUAAGAAGACUGGAAUGUAUAAAGUUUUAAGAAGUGGUGUGUUCAAAGUUGUUGUUUUUUCAACUUACAGAUGUCGAACAUAUGAAGACUGCUGUGGUUCAAGAUGCUGUGUGCGAGCACUUUCCAUCCAGAGGCUAUGGUAUUUGUGGUAGGUUCUUAUAAAACGUACCUCUGAGGCUUAACUUGGACUACAUGCUUCUAUUAAAGAAACGUUUCCAGUAGACCAGCUCCACAAACAACAUCAAAUUGCAAGUUUACAUAAUACUGAAUCAGUAUAAAUAGAACAUUGAUUUAGCAAUUUUAAUUGACUGGUGGAGUCUAGUAGGCAGGACCGGAUUUCCCGUUAGGCAGAGUAGACACUUGCUUGCAAGCACAUUGCACAUUCCUGAUAGGAGCACCGCAGAUACCUACCCAUUGAAAGCAAAGAUGGAAACUGAAACUGCUGGACCCUGGGAUCACUGGGUUAAGUCAGAGGGAGACUGAUCAUUGCAUGGCCUUGCCUACUGAAAAAUAAGGGACCACUAAAGCGGUCUGGGUGCAGUGGUCUUGUCAUUUCAACCUUGCUUCUCUAUGAGAACCAUUGGUAUCGUGAGUGACGUGAACUUGGAAGCUGACAUCAACAGAGGAUGAGCUGGAGACUGCAGCAAAGGAGUUGGGGGACUGGUAACGAGGUGAAUUAUCUUUUUUUUAAACUUAGCUUUUACUGAGCAAAGGGGGUGGACAGUACUCACAUCGCUAUAGGGGAACCUAUAGUCCUAAAAUAACAAUUAUUAAUGUAGGGGCCUAUAGGUUCCCUGAAACACAGUGGUCUCAAGCAGAGAGGCCAGAGGACCUGGCCAAAAUGGCCACAUCCCAUAAAACUUUGCAGGUGAACACACAUACCAGUACCCAUACUGUUACACUAUUGCACAAACUAAAACCUACACCCACUAUGUUGCAAAUAAACAGACAUUUACACAUAUACAUACACAUGCACACAGUCUUCAUACACACAGAUGCAUACACUCACACAGACACUAGGUCUGUGUAUGUAAACGGCAUUUUUUUAAAUCAUAUUUAAGUAGGCACUUUUUUUUGUCAAGUGCAUUUUCCGUUUAAUUUUGCAAAAGGGGUUGUUGUGGAGUUAGCAGCAUUUAAGAAUACUCUGACUACAUCUUCUUGUGAUGUCAAUCCAGCCCAAACGGGCAUUCAUAAACGAUUUUAUCUAAAGAGCUUAGUUGACCCAUGAAUAGUUCUGGGAUUAUUAUUAUUAUAAAGUUCAGUAAUUAUAAUCUAACACUAAAUACCCUUUUAACCCCUUAAGGACACAUGACAUGUGUGACAUGUCAUGAUUCCCUUUUAUUCCAGAAGUUUGGUCCUUAAGGGGUUAAGGGUAGCCUGCUUCACAAUGUCUGCACUUUCUGCUGUGCCUCACAACCUUGUUACCUUUUUUUUUUUUACUGCAAAUACAUUAAAGCAGUGUUCCCCAACCCAGUCCCCAGGGGCCACUAAUUGUCCAGGAUUUAUGUAUUUACCUUUUUUAUUCAAAUUGAGAUACUGACAAAACCUGGACUGUUGGUGGACCAUGAGGACUGGGUUGGGGAUCACCGCAUUAAAGGAUUCCUUAAAAUAUAGCAACUUGGGUUACACAAGAUUCCUGUAAAUUGUGAUCUGUGUUAAGAGAUAAGUCAACUAUUACCGUAAUUAUCUCCAGUCCAGUGUGUCCCUUUAUUUAGUGUACAGAAGACAUAUAAAUGUAAUAUAUCUGUAAGAUAUAAAUUAAAAAUUUCUAGUUUUGUACUAUUUUAUUUGACACCAGCUGUAGAGGCGUACCUAUGGAAGGGUUAUGGCACCAAUAUUUACCCCUUAGAGCGACGCACCUUUCAUACCCUGCAAACCCACCAGUAGAGGUUCUCCUGUUGAUUUCAUCUUCCCUGGUUUGGCUCUCCGAAAGACAGCAGUGGAAUCUCUGAUAUCUUGAUCUUUUACAUUAUAAAGCAGAGUAAACACAUAGAGAUUACUGCAUUAGCUGAUGCUUUUCGGGUCAAAUACUUUAUUAAUAAAAUGUUUCAAUAUUAAAUAAUAAUAUAUAUUUUAAGCAAAAAAAAACAGGGGGAAUACAAGUGAAUACAUAAUUCGAUAGUAAGUAAUAGAUGUUCAAAUAAUCCAUAAUACAGAAAUUAAAUAAAAUCUGUUCACAACAUGAGAAUGCCUUAUGUGUGUGUUUCUUGUCAUGGUGUUUAAAUUAAGAAAUGAAGUUAUUAUUGUACCCGGAGUGUCCAGCGAGGUGAAGGCCAUAAUUGCCUUCUGACGUUCUCUUCCCAGAGCGCCAUUCGUGUCUCUGUAGGUUGGUUGAGCUGAUGCUUUUCUAUUGUUUAAAUGGUAGAAGUGAGUGUAGCUCCAUCAUUUGUGAUGCCUGUAUGUUUGAUACAGACAAACUGUUAAACCCUAUGUCAAUACAACAUAUGUAUUAUCUCUCUUUUUCUAAGGUUCCUGCUGAUGAUGGGAGUCCUGUUUUGUUGUGGGGCUGGAUUCUUUAUUAGGAGAAGAAUGUAUCCCCCCUUGCUUGUUGAGGAACCUACAUUUAAUGUAUCGUACACUAGGCAGCCUGUCGUGCCUCCAGCAGGUGAGUUCUUGCUAUAUUGCCAUAAGGGUUACUGAUCAUUAGGGUUAUUUACUAUAGCAAGGGUUGUGGAGAAAUUGCUGCAACUAAAUAUUCUCAAUCUUUAGAACCAAAAUGGAGCUCUUUAGGAGAAGACAAACAAAUGAAAGGGAGAGAAAUUGGAGUGAUCAGUGUUUGCAAAUUUACUGGAAAACCACAGUAAAUACCCACGAAAGCCACAUAUUUCCAGAAUUGUGUCACUCUUGUGACAUCUGGUAACAGAGGUGUUUUUUUUGCAAUGAGUAUGUCAAGUGCCACAAGAUGCUCUGUAUUCUUGAUGUGACAUAUCUCUGUGGAGUUAAAGGUGUUAAAGAAUACAACAGAUGUCAUUUAGUGUUUUCAAUAAUUUAUUAUCUCGAUGGGAACAAUAUUUCUUUUUGUUCAUCCUGUACGUAUGGUUAUGUUGAUUAAUAACAUUUUAAAAAAUUUAAAAAACACAUUAAAGUACUUCUUUGUAAAGCACAGCCUCCUGCUGUUUUACUGAAACAGAUGCAAAAAAGUAAUAACAAUUUUUGUUGGCCUAGCCUUAAUUUGGGAAAGCUUGCUAUUAUUUUUAUAUCAUGAUUGGACAGAAUUUUUAAUUAAAGAAUUCAUUUUAUCAUCUAAAGUCUUUCAUAUAAUACUUGAUAAAUAUGGGCAUAUGAAUUAUUAUUAUUAUUAUUGGCAUCUAAAUAGCAGAACUUUACAAUAUAAGAAAAUGGGGAAAUUUAACAAUAAAUGAAGCAAUCAGAAAAUAUUACAGGAACAAUAGGUUGAUGAGGACCCUGCUCAAUUGAGAUUACAAUCUCGUGGAGGUGGGAUAUAAAAAACACAAUAUAAAGGGCAUCGAAGGGGAUUAAAACUAAGCAACAAGGUGGGAAAGUAGAAGAACUGGAGGUGAGAGUGGAGUGGGGCCCUUCAGGAGAGAGCAAGAGACAGGUUUGAGAAAUAGAAGUUACUCUAGAAGGCCAUAAACUUUUCUGAAGAUGUGGGUUUUGAGGGACUUCCUAAAUGAUUGAAGAUUAUGGGAUAGUCUGAUGGGGGUAGGCUGACUAUUUCAAAGAAAAGGAGCCGCUCGCGAGAAGUUCUGGAAGCACGAAUUAGCAGUAUGGGUGCGAAGAGCAAACAGGAGAAGGUCACAGGAGAGAGACCGAGAAGGUACUAUGAAGUCGUAAAGAAAUGUAACAGGGGCUAGAGUUGUUUAGAGUUUCAUAGGUAAAUGUUAGUAUUUUAGAUUGACCCCUAUAGGGUACUGAAAGCCAAUCUAAGGAUUGACAGGAGGGCGAGGUGUGAGAUGAGCGAAAGGAGAGAAAAAUCAGCCUGGUGGCAGCAUUCAUUACAAAUUGUUGAGGUGCAGUACGGCUUCUGGGGAGGCCAAUUAUGAAAGAAUUACAGUUAUCAAUGCGAGAAAUUACCAGAGCAUGAACAAGCUCCUUGGCAGCAUCUUACAUAAGUAAGGGACAGACGUGGGCAAUGUUUUUAAGGUGGAAUCAGCAGGAUGUGGCAACAGACAGGAUAUGAGGUGUAAAGUUGAGGCCAGAAUCAAAGAUAACACCAAGACAACAAGGUUGCAAGGAUGGACUGAUGUGGGUGCCAUCAACUUGCAGAGAGAGUGAAAGAGGAAGUUCAGUAUUAUGAGGAUGAAAAAUAAGACAUUUAGUUUUAGAUAGACUGCGUUUCAGAAAGCGGAGGACAUCCAAUCAGAGAUGGAAGAAAGGCAAGUAGUGACGUAGUGACUCUUGGAGAGCGGGGAAGAAAUCAGGGGAGGAGAGUUAUAUCUGGGUGUCAUCCGCCUACAGAUGGUAGCGGAAUCCAAAGGAAUGAAUAUGUUUGCCAAGAGAGGCAGUGUAAAAAGAAAGCAAAAAGGGACCAAGAACAGAGCCUUGGGGACUUCAGCCGAGACAGGAGGAGGAGAAGAAAUGGUUUCAGUAGAAAAGGAGACACUGAAUAAAUGUUGGAAGAAAUAGGAGUAGAAUAACGAGAGGACAGUGUCACAGAGACUGAGAGAUUGAAGAGUUUGAAGGAGGAGGGCAUGAUCAUCUAUGUCAAAGGCAGCAGAGAGGUCAAGAAUUAGUAUAGAAUUGUGGCCUUUCGAUUUAGCAGUGAUUAGAUCAUUAGUUAGUUUAAUCAGAUCGGUCUCUGUAGAGUGGAGGGGGUAGAAGCCAGAUUGAAGAGGGUCAAGAGAGUUGUAAUUGAGAAAGCAAGCCAGAUGGCUAAAGACUAGUAGUCCCAGAAGCUUUGAGGAAAAAGUGAUUUGUCAUCCAGAAAUGCUACCUCUGCAUAAGGCAUUGGUUGCUAGCUCUGUCCCCUAAAGGCAAACUUAUGAUUGUUGUGUGGUCUCAGAGAGAGUCUAGGGUUAGAUCAAACAGUACUUCUGGGUAGAGAGACAUGCAGAUAUUGAGGAAUGAAAAAAGAUCAAGGAAAAAAGAAGAGGAUAAACAUUUGAGAUUCAAGAAAUGAGGUAACGAGACAGAUCAGAUAGGUAAAAGUCAUAAAAGUUGAACACAAAUUAACAAGACUACGACCUUAAGGACACAACUUCAGAAAUAAAAGGGAAUCAUUAUGGAAUACUUCCGUCAAUUGUCCUUAAGGGGCUAUAAUUGCAAAACCACUAACAAAAACAAACAAACAUUUAACAAAGCAAGAGUUGAACAUGGAAGGUAUAAUAGUUUUCAAUUAAACAGUAUACUGUAGGGGAUGGUGGUAGAUACAAUUGAAAAAUAGGAAGUAGAUUAAUAAAAUAAGUAAGACAGGUAUUCUUUCUUCCAGAAAUGCUAUGUGUGCAUAAGGCUUUGUGUGCUAGCUCUGAGUCCUGUGUGCAAACUUAUGAAUGUUCUUUGGGGCACAGAUUCUGCAUAAGGCUUUUUGAGAAACAUAGGGCCUUUAUUUAAUGUUGUUGGAUAAGCUUUUCAAAUGUUUUAAAAUGAUUUAAUAUUAUGAAAAAUGUUUUAAUAUAUAUUUUGUUUAUAUAAUAUAUACUUUUUGAUAAGAAGUGUUGCAUAAAAAACCAAAAGUAAUUUAACUCCCAGCCUUAAUAUAGGGUAUCCCACAUCACUCCACUUACAAAAAAUGAUAGUAACUUAACCCCUUCCCGACCUUGGACCUGUAGGGUACGUCCGACAAAUAACGGCAGUUAUACCCUGCAUGUCCGCGGCUAAAAUGACCCGGGUACUCACCUGGACCGGCGAUCCUGGCCGGGGGGUACUGCCCGAAACCCCAGAAGUCCCUCUGCGGCAGCUCCUGCCUCUCCAGCCCUCCAGGGCCAUGUGAUCACCAUGAUCACAUGGCCGCAAUAGGAGUCUAUGGAGCUGCGAGCAGGGGUCCCCCUGACACCUAAAAUGUAAAAAAUAAAUAUAUUAUAUAUAUAUUACCGGUAUAUAUGUAUAAUAUAUUAUACAAUAAUUAAAGAAUUUUAUAAUAUAUUAUACAUAUAUAAUGCACAUAUAUGAUUGCAUUAUAAGUGUACUAUAAACAUAUAUCUCAAAAUGCACUUAUAAUGAAGUCAUAUAUAUGCAUUAUAUAUGUAUAAUAUAUUAUAAAAUGCUUUAAUUAUUUUAGAAUAUAUUAUACAUAUAUAGGAAAUAAAAAUGUGUGUGUGUGUGUGUAUAUGUAUAUAUAUAUAUAUAUAUAUAUAUAUUUAUAAUAUAAAUUAAAAAAACAUAUUUAUAUAUAUAUAUAUUUACAAUAUAAAUUAAAAAACAUAUUUAUAUUUAUUUAUAACAUAAAUUAAAAAAAACACAUUUAUAUUUAUAUGUAGAGUAAUGUCUCACGAGCCACUUAGUCACGAACGUUGGCCAAAGUUAUUGUUUUUAUUUGUUUUUGCAUUUUUUUUAAACAACAACUGCACUUUCACUGGUGAUAUCAUCAUCGUGAUAAGUUUUACUGUUUUAAAAAACUCAUAUUUGUGUUCAGCGAAGUCUCCCGAUUAUAACAAUACCCCCCAUGUACAGGUUUUAUGGUGUUCUGGAAAGUUACAGGGUCAAUACAGGGCUUGCCUAUUUCAGUUUGCCAGAUUGGUUUGCUGGGCCUAUGUUGCCUAUUGAGACCAUGUGGUAGCCCAGGAAUGUGAAUUAACCCCAUCAUGGCAUUCUAUUUGCAAAUGUAGACAACCCAGUGUAUUCAAAAUGCAGUAUGUCCAGUCUUUUGUAAUAGCCACUUAGUCACAGCAUCCAGUUUACAUUCAUUGUGAAGCUGCAUUCUUAGUGAGCUGUCCAGGAGGCGGGAGGGUCUGGGAGGGAGGGUCUGCUGCUGAUUGGCUGGAAUGUGUCUGCUGACUGUGAGGUACAGGGUCAAAGUUUACUCAAUGAUGACGAAUAGGGGGCGGACCGAACAGCGCAUAUGUUCGCCGUCCGUGGCGAACCGUUCGAGACAUCACUACUCCUGAGUAUAACAGUACCCCCUAUGUACUGGUUUUAUAGUGUUUUUGAAACUUACAGGAUCAAAUAAAGGGCUUGCCCAUUUCAUUUUUUUCAUUGAAAUUUGCCAAAUCGGUUAUGUUACCUUUGAGACCGUACGGUAGUCCAGGAAUAAGAAUUACCACCGUGAUGGCAAACCAUUUGCAAAAGUAGGCAACCCAAGGUAUUGCAAAUUGGGUAUGUUCAGUUUUUAAUAGUAGUCACAAACACUGGCUAAAGUUAGCGUUCAUAUUCUUUUUUUGCAUUUUUCACAUACAAAUAAAUAUAAAUGCUAAAUCUGGCCAGUAUUUGGCAAAUCUUAUGUUUGACCCUGUAACUUUCCAAAUCACCAUAAAACCUACACUUGAAAGGUACUGUUGUACUCAUGAGACAUUACUCUACAGAAAUAUGAGUGUUUUAGAGCAGUAAAAUGUAUUAUACUGAUAUCAUCUCUGAAAUAGCAGUUUAUGUGUAAAAAAUGCAAAAAAAACUAUAUAAACGCAAAUUUUGGUCUGGGUUUGUGACUAAGUGGCUACUAAAAAAGAGUGGACAUACCCCAUUUUGAAUACCGUGGGUUGUCUACUUUAAAAAACAAACAAACAUGGUUUGAUGGGGGUAAAUUACAUUGGCCAGCUUCAAAAAUCCCAAAUAGGACAUGUGUGCAUGAUGACAAUAAUUGGAAAACUGGAAUGCGCACCCUCCAAAUAAGGUCUUUUAGCCCCCAGAAAACCCGACACACCUAUACAUGGGUGGUAUCACUGUACUCAGGAGAUGUUGCUGAACACAUAUUGGGGUGUUCUUUGGCAGUAACCCUUAAAAUUAUCAGUACAUGCAUUCUUAAAUUGCAAUGUGUGUCAAAAAAAAUCACCAAUUUUUUUUUAAUUUAAAUUUGACAUAGAUUGGUGGUAAAAUGGUUGCAUGAAAAGAGUCAAAAUAACCCAAGUUUAAUACCUUAGGUUGUCUUAUUUUAAAAAAUAUAUACAUGUGAAGGGUUAUUCAGGGAUUCCUGACAGAUAUCAGUGUUACAAUGUAGCUUGCAUAAAUUUUUGUAUAAAUUGCUUUGGAAAUAGCAAAGUGCUACUUAUACUUAUUGCCCUAUAACUUGCAAAAACAAACACAAACUAAGAACAUGUUAACAUUGGGUAUUUCUAAACUCAGGACAAAAUUUAGAAACCAUUUUUUUGGCGGUUGUAGAUGUGUAACAGAUUUUGGGGGUCAAAUUAGAAAAGGUGUGUUUUGUUACAUUUUUUCAUCAUAUUUUAUAAUUUUUUUUGAUAUGUUGAAAAUAAUGGUAUCUUUAGAAAGACCAUUUAAAGGCGAGAAAAAUGGUAUAUAUGUGUGGCUACAGUAAAUGAGUAAGAGGAAAAUUACAGCUAAACACAAACCCCACAGAAAUGUAAAAACAGCCCUGGUCCAUUGAAAAAGGGUUAAACAUUUUUUCUUUUUUAAACUGCAGCUUACAUGGGCUCACCAGCCAAACCUUGAUAAGAUAUGAUAAGACGUGGUUCCCUGAACGCUGCUCAUUAAUGGAAAAUAUCUAUAAAUAAAAUUAAAAGAUCUAGUCACAGCGUGGUAAAAUUAUUUCCAGGCUCCCCAGAGCCUCUUUAUUAAAGAUUAGUCAAACAGUCACAUCAGACUCAUUUCGUCUAAAAUACAGGAAUUUAAUAAUUUAAUUUCUAAAUGGCAGAGAACUGAGUCAUAGUGCAGGGGGAGUGAUCUAUACACCAAAACUGCUUCAUUAAAGGAACACUAUAGUCACAGGAAUACAAACCGGCCCCUCUGUCUUUUUAGUCAACUUUCUUUCAGUGUUACGCAGAUCCAUCACGGCUGGCCCAGCCCACACUUCACCACCUUGGCUGAGAUCAUCAAACCUGAUGAUAUCAGCCAAUCCAACGCUUUCCCAUAGGAAAGCCUUAGGUGGCUAUUGCACAUGCACGGAAAAUUGAGCGUGGAGAUGCUGAAUGUCAGUGCUGCACAUUGUUCAACACUGACCCAGGAAGCAUCUAGUGGCCAUCUGAGUGACUACCACUGGAGAUGUUCCUAGGCAACAAUGCAAACACUGCCUUUUCUUUACAUUGAAAAGCCUUGCAGGGACAGGCUAUACACACCAGCCCAACUUCAUUAAGCUAUAGUUGUUAUUGUGACUGUAGUGUCCCUUUAAGUUAAAGUUGCCUUGUUGCUUAGAGUAUCCAUUCAGUGUAUUACUUAAAGGACCACUAUAGUGCCACGAAAACAAACUCGUUUUCCUGGCCCUAUAGUGUUAAUAGGUCCCCUCCAUCCUCAUGGACCCCUCCUGCUGGGCUGAAGGGGUUAAAACCCCUUCAGCCACUUACCUUUCUCCAGCGGCAGGCUCCCUCAGCAAUGGGGAACUCUCCUCCUCCUGCUGACAUCAGCGCUGCAUGCGCGGCAAGAGCCGCGUGCGCAUUUAAACAGUCCAUAGGAAAGCAUUUCUCAAUGCUUUCCUAUGGACGUCCGUCGUCUUCUCACUGUGAUUUUCACAGUGAGAAUCGCGGAAGCGCCUCUAGCGGCUGUCAGUGAAACAGCCACUAGAGGCUGGAUUAACCCUCAGUGAAUGUUUUCAGCUGCAGGGUUAAAACCUGAGGGACCUGGCACCCAGCCACUUCAUUGAGCUGAAGUAGUCUGGGUGCCUAUAGUGGUCCUUUAAGGUAUAAAUAUAGUAUACUAUUACUAGCCACUUUGCAGUAUAUGAAAAAUAGUUAACAGCUUGUUUCAUUUGCAGAAUCUACAGAUACUACUCAAUAAACAUGGCAUCUAAUGUAGGACAUUUUCAGUCACACAAAAAGGAAGUGGAAACAAAUCGCAUAAAUGCUAAUAUUACACAAAUAAGUUCCAUUGUAUUUAUAUUUGUAUUUCAUCCUUUUUACAAUACCAAGCUAAACACAGGUAAGCUGCAGAAGACUAAACCAGAUUUCAUAUUUCUUUCACUUAGGGACAACACCAAUUACUUUUAAAAGUAGCCUCUCUUGGCCAGUCAUGUCAAUAGAAAGCUUAUAUCAUCAUAGAAUUUUCAUUUUAUAGAGCACCAGCAAUAGGCUUUCCUAUUGUAAAGUGAUUAGACAUUGCAUCUUUUAAAAGGAUAAUUAAGAAACAGAUUGUUAUGAAAAGACAACUUGAUUUUUAAGGAGUAUGUGAAGAAGGAAUUCUCAGAAUAAAUAUGAAGGGUUAUUCUCAAACUUUUGAAAUUUUGCCAAAAUAGAGUAGUUGGAAAAAGCGUCCAAUUUAACUGGUUGAAUUUUUUUUUUUUUUUUAACUGCUUUUUGGUCACAAGUCACACUUCACUAAAACGAUGCUGAUGCUUUAAUUACUGUGCAACUUUAAAUUAAAGAUUGACACCUACACCUUACUUUUAAACAUGCUUUGGAGUGCAAGUAGACAAUAGACAUAUUUACAGUUUCUUUUUUUGUAGGACCUCCUCAACCCGGAAUGCCAUAUUACUCUGACCCUGGAGGAGCUGCAGGAAACCCAGCAACCCCAACUUUUUAUACCCAGCCGAGCACACCCCAAGGAAAUCAGGCUUUCCCACCACCUCCUUACUAUAACUCACCUCCACCGCCCUACGAGCAAGUUAUUAAAUCAUGCAAAUGAAGCUGUUUUAUCUACGACCUGACUCUUUACGAUUGCUCCAACUUACUAUGAGGAGGACUCUCCCUUGACAUGAUACUAGCUCAAUUGACAUAAAAGUAUUGUGUGUCUCGGUGCAGGUUAAACGAUUGGACAAAACCUUUUUUGUUCUUAUGGGUGCAAUUCUACUAAUCUUUGAACCUAGUGCAAUUUAUUUUACCUGCAAAGCAUUGGAAUGGAGUUUGAAAUGCAGGUGUAUGAGCUGAGUGUUCCCCCUCCGAUACAGAAGAAGCUAAAUGUUUAUCUUUUUCUUCCUUUGAUAAUUUUUUAACCACUUUGUUCCAUAGUAUGUAGCUACUCCAUUGUACAUAUGUUUCUCAGCUGGUGAUGUACAGUACAUAUCGUUGCCUCUUAGUCCCAAGAGUGCUAGCAGAUCAUGCAAUAUCUACAGUAAAAGGCAUGCUGUUGAUGGAACCCCUAUUAAAUAUUUCUUUUUUUUCUUCAAACCAACAAAUAAAAGAAAAAGUAUGGACAAAUAA